GUAUGCGUUAUUUCAUCUGUGAUUUUGGCUGUGUGGCCUGGGGUUGUUGGUUUUGCCGUGCUAUCAGUAGCAUAUUUCAUUUGGGUGGUUUCCGUAUGCAUUAUCGCAUCUGUUGUUUCGACUUUGUGAUCGGCACCUGUUGUUAUUAUUGUGGUCGUAUUAGCAGCAGAUGCCACUGUAGUAAGUUCUCGAUGGAUCAUAUAAUCUGUGGUAUCAACUGUGUGACCAGGUGGUGUUGCUGUUGUGGUCGUAUUAGCAGCAGAUGUCACUGUAGUAAGUUCUGGAUGGAUCAUAUCAUCUGUGGUAUUGACUGUGUGACCAGAUGGUGUUGCUCUUGUGGUUGUAGUAGCAUAGCAGUUGUCAAUGUAGUAAGCUCUGUAUGGAUCAUAUCAUCUGUGGUAUCAAUUGUGUCUUCGGGUGUUGUUGCUCCUGUGGUUGUAUUACCAUCAGGUGUCACCGAGGUGUGUUCUGUAGUAGUUAUUACAUCCGUUGUUUCAGCUAUAUGGUCGGAUUGAGUUGUUCCUGU